UGCUCUACCUUGCCGGAAAUGGCUGUUGAGCGUGGAGUUCCUGAGCUGGGAGGAAGGCCAGGCGUGGAACGUCCCGCCUAGGGGAGCGAUGAAGCCGCUGUGCCGGGGCUCCGUCAGUGCGAGUGGGGCGCUGGAGGUGUAGGUAGGCGAGCUGGCAUGGGAGCCGCGCCAUCCCGCCCGUUCGCCCAAAGGAUUCAUAUGGACUAAAGAUUCAUUGACCACUAUAAUGGAAAAAUCAUGGAUGCUUUGGACUGUCAUUGAAAAAUGGCUACUUGCUUUGGUGUCAUGGUCCUGGAGUCUCUGCCGUAUUUCUCUCUUAUCUUUGAUAGUAACUUUUCAUUUGUAUGGAGGUAUUAUUUUACCUCUGUUAAUAUUUGUAUCUAUUGCAGGUAUAUUAUAUAAAUUUCAGGAUGUGUUGCUUUAUUUCCCAGAGCAACCUUCUUCAUCACGGCUUUAUGUUCCUAUGCCUACUGGUAUCCCACAUGAAAAUAUUUUCAUCAGAACCAAAGAUGGUGUGUUGCUCAAUUUAAUACUUCUCCGAUUUACAGUGGACAAUUCCUCAUACUCACCUACUAUCAUUUACUUUCAUGGGAAUGCGGGAAACAUUGGUCACAGACUGCCAAAUGCUUUGUUGAUGCUAGUGAACCUGAAAGUAAACUUAUUGCUGGUUGAUUAUAGAGGCUAUGGAAAAAGUGAAGGAGAAGCAAGUGAAGAUGGCAUCUACUUAGAUUCUGAGGCUGUUCUAGAUUAUGUGAUGACUAGAUCUGAUCUUGAUAAGACAAAGAUUUUUCUCUUUGGCCGUUCCUUAGGAGGGGCAGUUGCUAUUCAUUUGGCAUCUGAAAAUUCCCAUAGGAUUUCUGCCAUCAUGGUGGAGAACACAUUCCUUAGUAUUCCACAUAUGGCUAGCACUCUAUUUUCUUUCAUCCCAAUGAGGUAUCUCCCUUUGUGGUGCUAUAAAAACAAAUUUUUAUCUUAUAGAAAAAUAUCUCAGUGUAGAAUGCCAUCACUUUUCAUCUCUGGGCUGUCUGACCAGUUGAUUCCCCCAGUUAUGAUGAAGCAGCUUUAUGAACUUUCCCCUGCUCGGACUAAACGGUUGGCAAUAUUUCCUGAUGGAACUCAUAAUGACACUUGGCAGUGCCAAGGUUACUUCACUGCACUUGAACAGUUCAUCAAAGAAGUGAUGAAGAGUCACUCUCCUGAAGAAAUGGCAAAAAUGUCAUCAAAUGUAACAAUAAUAUGACUAUAAUUCCAGUCUAUCUUUCUGAUACAAUUGCAUUGUACCUGGAUUUGUGGAAGUGAAAAAGAAUUGCCUUUUUAAAAAUGUGUUCUGUCUGUAAUAAUCUAAAGAGUGCAAUUAAACAUGGAGAGAUCUACUAA